AUGGGUAAGAAGCGUGUUCUCGUCAGUUAUGGUGUCGACGUCGACGCGGUCGCCGGUUGGCUAGGAUCUUACGGAGGAGAAGACUCCUCCAACGACAUUAGCAGAGGUUACUUCGCUGGAACUAUUGGCGUUCAACGAGUGCUCAAGUUCCUCGCCAAGUAUGACAUCAAGGCCACAUGGUUCAUCCCCGGACACAGUCUCGAGACCUUUCCCGAAGACAUGGCCGCUGUGAGAGACGCUGGUCACGAGAUUGGACUCCAUGGCUAUUCCCACGAGAACCCGACAGACAUGACCAUCGAUCAGCAAAGAGAAAUUCUUGAUAAGACAUACCGAAUGCUUACAGACUUCGCGGGUAAGCCCCCAAGAGGUAGUGUUGCGCCAUGGUGGGAAACGAGCAAAGAGGGGGCCCAGCUUUUGCUCGAUUAUGGUAUCGAAUACGACCACAGCAUGAGCCACCACGACUGCCAGCCGUACUACCUGCGAACUGGCGAUGAAUGGACCAAGAUUGACUACAAGAAAAAGCCUAGCGAGUGGAUGAAGCCACUUGUGAGGGGACAGGAAACAGGGCUCGUGGAGAUCCCAGCCAACUGGUAUCUCGACGAUUUGCCGCCAAUGAUGUUCAUCAAAGAUGCGCCCAAUAGCCAUGGAUUCGUCAAUGCUAGGGACGUGGAGGACAUUUGGCGAGAUCACUUUGACUACUUCUACCGCGAGUACGACGAGUUCAUUUUUCCGCUGACAAUCCAUCCGGAUGUGUCUGGUCGUCCUCACGCAUUACUGAUGCACGAAAGGCUCAUUGAACACAUGAAGAAGCAUGAAGGAGUGGAAUUCGUUACUAUGGAGCAAAUUUGCGACGAGUUCAAGGCAAAAACAGCGCCCGCACAAGGAGCCGUGAUGCCUGCAGAGCCGGGCACCAUGCUUAAGAAGCCAUAG